UGUGACUAAAGUUACAGCCAGCCGCAGCCACAUUGGGAUUCCCCUGCAGCACAGAAGCGAGUGUCGCUGUUUAUUGCAUAGCAAGAGCUAUCAGGACUGGUUUUACACAGUACAGAGGCAUAGGCGGACUAUUUGUGUUACUGUAACGGCGUAUCCAGCCAUUGGAGCCACGCCCACCGCACUAGAAAGACUUCAUAUCCCAUAAUCCACUUCGCCGGUCAUGUGACUGAAGCUAGAGCCAGCCUCUGCCGCAGCCAUAUUGGAUUCCCCUGCAGCACCGAAGUGAGUGUCGUUGUUUAUUGCAUAUCAGGAUAUCAAAACUGCUUCUGCACAGUACACAGGCUCAGACUAUCAGCGUAUCCAGCCAUUGGAGUCACUCCCAUUCGACUCAAAAGACUUCAUAUCCCAUGAGCCUCUUCCCCAGUCAUGUGACUGAAGCUAGAGCAGCAGCCAUAUUGGAUUCCCCUGCAGCACAGAAAAUCACCUGACACCUUCUGGUGCAAAAUGGCCGCCUUGGGGGGUUUGACACAUUCUCGCACUUUAUUUGUUGAUGACGAUGGGACCCCAAUGAGUUUCUAUGUACCACCUGGCCCAUUAAAGCGGCAGCUGUACCCUCUGAUUACUCACGGAGGUGGGGAAAUGUGUCGGAUGCAGCAACCUGGGGCUCUGCUUCUUUCUGCCCCUGGCAGUGCCCAGGGAGCCCAGUAUGUAUCCACUGCUUACAUCAUGGAUUGUGUGAGAAUAGAUAAACUUCUCGACGUAGAUGAUUACCGGCUGGAUGGAAGUCACGGAAGGCCGAGGAAGAGCCAGGGCAGUAAAAAGGAGGAAAGGGCUCCUCAGCAAAAAGUAGGCGAGAGCAGCCAAGAAAGUGAUCAGAAACAACAGGCUAAAGUUGGGGGAGACUUGGAGGAGGGAGAUAAGCUAUCUGACCCAGGGGAACCAGUUAAUGAAGAAAGUUUAGGGGAGUGUGAGCAGCAGAAGGAAGAAUGUAUCAUAGGAGAGAAGGGGAACGUGGGGCAGAAGUUGGGAGAUGUGCAGAAAGAGGCAGCAGAAUCCGAGCUGGAACCCGACAGUAACAAACUGCAGCCGGAGAAAGACAACAAAGAGAAUAAGAUGGACUGUUCUGGGGCUCAGAAGGUGAUUCGGAAAAUCUUGCCUCCCAAAUCUCCCCCUUUUUAUCUCACAGGAAGAAAUGUCUUUACAGAGAAGGAAGAUGUAGCUAUCCUGCUGUAUGUGAGAGAGAACGCCCCACACAGAGGCACUGGCGUAAGCUUAUGGAAGGAAAUGGAGCAGAAGCAAGUAGUAAAAAGGACGUGGCAAGCAAUUAAAAAUCGCUACUUCAGGUAUUUGAAAGGCAAACGUAACUACGUAUUGCCACUUACUGAUGAUUCCUCCUCACAAGAGCCUUCAGAUGACGAAGAGGAAUGUCCUCAACCAAUAACAAAGAAAUCUCGAAUCAGCGAUUCAACCCCUUGUACUGAAAAGCCUGGAGUCGCAGAGAAAACGGGUGAAAAAUUAAGCACAGAUACUUCAGUGGAAGGGCCCUCUACAGAAAAAUCUGAUGCUGCCAAAACCAGCAAUGUAAACUUACCCGUGGAGGAAAGGGGGCAGGAAGUUACUGAGGGUGCCAUUAAGCGGUCAGAAGGGAAUAAGAAAUCUACUGAGAUGAACGAGGAAGCGGUCAGCGCAUCAUCUAAAGAGAAUCAGGACGAUGGGGCAGAUUUGCACAUAUUUGAGAUUGCCAACUUGGAAUUUGAGGUGGAGGAUACCCCAGAGCUUGAGGUGCCAAAAAGGAGCUUUGGCCUUAAAGAGUUUGUGAUGGGAGAGGACCUUCCCAGCUCUCAGAGUCAGACACAGGUAGAUGAAGUUUCCUCCAGCCCAGAUGCUUCUGAGAGUGAAGGUCUCCAAGAAGCUUUGCUCAGCAUGAUGUCCGAGUUCAAACUCAGCUUGUGUGAUGUAACCCAAGCGUUACUUAAAAACAACGGGGAGCUGGCUGCCACGAGACAUUUCCUUCAGACUGGCUCUAGGCCUGAUGGCUAUCCCAUAUGGGUCAGAAAGGACGACCUGGACUUGCAGAAAGAUGAUGCAGAGACUCUGAAAAGGCUCAUCCAAAAAUAUGGUGCUGAUAAUGUUGCCAAGAGAGUUGCCUUCUUGGCUAGUUAGAACCUCCUGUUUCCACUGAGUGGAGUUUUUUUUUUUAGUUUUGUAAAGUUCACGUGUAUAUUCCUUAUUAUAAUGUUUUAGUAUAAAAGCCACACAAAGCAA